UCAAGUGCGUGGAGGAGACCGGUAUAAGACCAGAUGCCCCCCCCUCCCUCCCUCCCUUCCUCCUCUCCUUCCUCGUCCCCUUCCUCCUCCUCCCCCUCCCCCUCCUCCCCGCCCCUACCCUCGUCACCAAUGUCAUCACCCUCUCCGUCCGCCCUCGUCGUCUCCUCCCCUCCGCGUUUUCUCCUCGUGCAAUGUCUUCCCCUCGUCCUCCUCUUGACCGCGCUCACCUCCUCCUCUGCCUUCCUGCGCGUUACCCCUGCCUUGCCCGCCCGCCGCGCUUUUGCCCCUUCUCCUCUUGAAGCCAUGACGUUCCGUAUCACGAGCGCGAACCUCCUUGCCCCCAUUUUUAAACGCGUCGACAGUAACGGCACCCGUGAGAGUGCCUUUGAAGAGCAAUACCUCCGCCGACACAGCCGCGUCAUAGACAGGCUGUUGGGCAGCAGGGACGGGGAGGACGAGAGACUUCUACCGGACGUGCUCUGCGUGCAGGAGUUUUGGACGCAGGGCUCUGCCUAUCGGCGGCUGUACGCCUCUCGUCUCUGCGAGGAGAAAGGGUACAAGCUGGUGGAGGUGGAGCGGACGAACGCGAGGGGAGACGGCGUCGCCUGCUUUGUCUCCCCGCGCGUGGAGCUGGUGGACUACCGACCCAUCUUCUUCUUGGACUGCGGUGACCGGGUGGGCCUCCUCUGUCGGGUGCGGCUAAGGGACGAGGAAGCGGGGGAGGGCGGGGAGCAGGAACAGUGCGACCUGCUGGUGGUGAACACGCACCUCCUCUUCCCCCACAACGCCUACUCAAGCCGUAUCCGCCUCCGGGAGGUGCAGAAGAUCCUGGGCUUCAUCGACAAGUACAAACACGACGAGGAUCUCGGCCCCCUCCCCAUCAUUUUCACGGGGGACUUAAACGGCUCGCCCAAGGGGCAGGUCUUCGAAUACCUCCGUCACAAGGGCUUCGUCUCC